GUUAAAUUAGCGAUCUGGAACGAUUUCACCGUGACGCCAUCUGACCAGCUUAAUACGGGACACAUCAUUUCAUCUUUAAAUACGGGACGAUCCCAUAUUUUACGGGACGGGUGGCAACUCAAGGAGGAGCUGUUCUAUUCAGUCUAAGCAAAAAGGGAUUUGAAAAUAAAGACUGAAAAUGUCUGACAAUCUGGUAGUUGCUGGUUUUGGUCCACUGGAAGCUUAUAUUGGUGCUGAAGAGGGUGUGGCUCUACAGGCUGACAAUGGCCAGUUCCUCAGCUGUAUUAAUCGAAGAUCAAAUAUUUAUAACAUAGAAGCUGCCAAGACCACCAAAGACUAUUGGUGCAAAUUCAUAGUGGAGAAAGUCGAUGAUUCGAAAGUCCGGCUCAAAGACCAGAGGGGUGUUUACCUCAGUCGAAUUCACAGGUCUGGAGUCGACCAUAUCGAGGCAGCCAAGGCUAAGCCUGAUGAAUGCUGUGAGUUCAGUGUCUUCACCAGGAAUGGCAAAGUCAUAUUUAGAGCCGACAAUGGCCUGUUCUUAAGUAGAUGUUUUCGAGAUAAUCAGAACAUUGAAGCUGUUAAAGACGGUGUUGAUGAAUGUUGUGAAUUUUCACUGAGUAUCGGGGAUAUCAUUAGCCCCAUGUUUGAAAUUGUCAAUAUAGAUUUUGGCAAAAUCCCAGACCUGAGCGACAAGCCAUCUAUGGUGAAAAGCGAUUGCUACAUUAAUGAAAGCAGCGUGAAUCAAUCACACACCUUCAAACUAAACUGGAUGGAUACAGUCACAGAGACCACGACUUGGACCCACACCUGGGGGCUGUCCACUACUGUGUCUUUUGGUUUUUUAUUAUUAAGUGCCGAAGUCACCAUCUCAUACUCAGGACAGUAUGGCACCAGCUCCUCAAAAGAGAAAACCAUCUCCAUGUCAGAGGAGACUGCCAUCACAAUUCCUCCCAAAACCAAGAUCACAGUGAAACUGAUGGUCAACAAGGAUGAUCAUGCUGAGAUUCCCUUCACAGCUACAAUCAAGAAGACCAAGGCCAAUGGACAGGUUGAGAUGUUCACUGAGAACGGCACCUGGAAGGGUGUGGUUUAUGAAAAUGUAAGGCUUAAAAUCGAGGAAGCCAAAGUGUAAGAACAGGUUUACAAGUUCAAAGCAAAACAACCCCUGUGUAUGGAGUGAGUUAACAAAUCAAGCUUUCAAAGGAAAUCAUAUAAAAGUACAUAUUGUAUCAAGGGGAUUCAAAUAUAUUGUGCUGUUAAUUGCAAUGUCCAUGACUUAUGAAUGUAAUCAAUCCGAGGAAGCUAAAAAAUAUAUAUAUAUAUUUGAGUAUUCUGGAUAGAGGUCUGCACGGGCCUUAAAAUGAAACCUGACCCGUACCCGAGUCCAUGUGGCCCGACCCUAACCCUCCCGAACAAUAACGUCAGAUUUUAAGCCUGAACCCGAAAUUGCUUACUAUCUAAUUUCUUCUAGAAAGUACUGUUGCAAUAGGCUGUAUUUUAUGUAAGCAUAUAGGCAACAUUCAUAACAGUACUGAAACAAUAAACAUACACAGUUUUAACAAGGCACGGAAGCCCCUUUUUUCAUUCAUUACAAACCUGAACCCGACCCGAACCUGAAGUCCUACUUUAAAAACUGACCCGAACCCAGCCCGAAAACCCACCGGGUUCUCGUGUCCUGUUGGGUCCGGGUCGGGUUACAGACCUCUAUUCUGGGAUACUUUUAAUGUAAGCUUUGUUUACAUUUCAUAACUAUAUAUGGCGAUUAAUGGAAGAAAAUUCAAAUAAUCUAGCUUUUAUUUCUGCUAACAUAAACUCAGACUGUAUCAUUGUCUUUUCCCCCAUCAGUGUGGGUAUGUUUAUUUGAAUUAUUCUUACAAAUAAAGACAUUUUUUGU